ACAACUCUAUAUAGAUCUAGGCUAGGCGUGUGACGUGUGACUAAAACGCGCUGUUUCGAUCGUAAACCUCGAAGCAACAGAUAAGUGACACUGCGAGCUAGAGUUUAGCUGAGGCAAAUCCCACGAUCUUUCGGUCUUUCGGACGUGGACCGAUCACUGUGAAGGCGUUUCGUGUCCUAGUUUUCAAUUUAAACAAUAUUGAGACUAGGAACAUCGCGGUAAAGUUACAUCUUUCAAUCCAACUUUAUUUUAUCUUGUCUUAGCGUUAUCUUCAAAGAAGAUUGUAUAACCUAAAUGUUGCAGCAGCGAGACAAGGUGUUGCAGUACUCUUGCAUAGUAGAUUUUUUGUAGUCUGGAAAUUGGGCCGGUGCGUGUGUGUAUAAAGGGUUCUUAUUUCACUGCCUGGAAGAGAGGACUCGGAAGCGAAGUGCCAUUCCAAACUUUGUGUAGACAGUGCAAAGGCUGAAACAGAACACAGUGCAUGAAACCUAAUCUUUGGUGAAGCCUUCUGAAAAGGUCUGCUUGCUGCAAGCGGCACAAAAAUGGUGUACCUCAUGGACAAAGGAGCCAGAUCUCGGCGCCAAGUUGGCAUAUGGCGGGCAGCUGCCGUGUUGCUGGCCAUCGUCUGUAUCGGUCUUUCAAUCGCUGUGAUUGCCAUGGCAACCAGAGGAAGUGAGGGCGGCGACGGGUUUACGACGUGUGGCAGAGGGCAAAAUGCUAAGUCACAGGGCAUUAUAGACAGGGGUGAGCCUGACAAGCCCGGACCCUUCCACGACCUGACGAAACAUGAGAUGCGACACCUGAGGUCCUUCCUGGAACAGGACCCAAACAUCAAAGCCGUUGACCCUGACGGGGCCACCAUGGAACAAAGCAACAUCUACAUGAUGGACCUGUUCCCAGCUCCUAAAACUUUCAGCGGUCAAUCCACCUCGGAGCCGGUAGAGCUGGCCCGGUCGUUCUGUCUGUUCGAGAACAACAACGGCUACCCCCUCAGGCGCCACCUGUCCUACUCGCAGGCUGAGGGCGCCUUCUAUGGCGGUAUGAUGGACUCGGCGCUCGUGCUCCGCUCCGCCCUCACCAUCGUCAACUACGACUACAUCAUGGACUACAUCUUCCACCAAAACGGCGUCGUGGAGACGCGCGUCAUGAGCACAGGCUACAUACUCCCAUCCUUCUACACCUCCCUGGAGGACCCCUACGGCUUUGAGAUCGAGGACAAGCUCCUCGGGAACAUCCACCACCACAUCUUCCACUUCAAGGCCGACCUGGACAUCAUGGGCACCAGCAACCGUUAUGAGACCCUGGACAUCGUACCAGAGGCCGUGGACAUGAGGACGGUACCUGGACGCAAGUACCACCAGACAAAAUACGUUAGGAACUUGAGAAAAAAUGAGAAGGAGGCUCUCUACAAGUACGACUUUGACACGCCCAAAUAUCACGUGGUCCACAACAACGCCAAGAAGACAAAAUAUAACGCGAUAAAAGCGUACAGAAUCGCCAUGCACGGAAUGUCCAAGCAGAUGCUGCCAGAGAAUGAGGACAACGAGGGAACAGUUCCCUGGGCCAGGCAUCAGCUAGUGGUCACUAAGCACAAGGAUAACGAGCGUGUGUCCAGUUCGCCCUACGCCAUGUGGGACAGCCAGAACCCUGUGACAGACUUCACAACCUUCUACGAGGACAACGAUAACAUUGUCGAUGAGGACCUGGUGUUUUGGAUCACCCAAGGCAUGCACCACAUCCCCCACACAGAGGACAUCCCCCUCACCCCCACUGUGGGCAACCACCUCACCUUCUUCCUACUGCCCUACAACUACUUUGACGAGUGCCCAUCUGUCGCCUCCAGAGAUCACAUCCGGAUCGAGCACAAGAACAAGAAGGAUCCCAAACAAGGCGUGCGCGUGCUGCGCAAUGGCAACUCCGUGGACCAGUGCUCACUGCCACCUGUGGCCAAAGAGUAUGAUGAGUUGCUGGAGCGUGAUCCUGACGUCAUUCUCGAGAGCACAGAGUUCCGCGGCAUCUUUUAGGAAGAUCUGCAGACGAUAGAACGUACUAUUUGUAUCUGUUUUGUUAUACGUGUUGGUUUGAUGCGUCUUGAUGAAGAAUGUGUAAUGCAAGUUAUUUUUCUAAGACUAUUGAUACGUUUGUGUCGAUGGUUGAUUUGUCUUAAAGAAUGUGCACACGUGUGGUAUCUGUAAGUAGUCUAAGACCAUGGACACAUUACAGGUUUUCUUGUUCGAUACACCUUAAUGACUGUGCACACAUGGCAGAGAAUCGUAUUUACAGUUUAUAUCUGUGUAAGUUUAAGAUAUCCUUUUCAAAAACUGCGGAAGCAGGGGAGAUUGUCUGUUGCAUUGAAUUAAUGUGGGUAAAAAAAUUGGAUCGCAUGACAUAAUAUCUCUGUUUGAUAAUAUUUCUUUGGAAAGUGCACACACAUGAUGGAUUGUUUCGGGGGUUUUUUUUCUUGGGUAAGAGUACUUUUGAUAGACAGCUUAAAAUUUUAAUGCUAAACAUGAUAUGUAGCAGAUUGUUGGUUUUUAUAAUAUUAAUGACUGGAGGUUGUCUAGUGCACACGUAGCAGAUUAAAUGUUUUACGUUGUUGUAAUGUACAGGCUUUAAGAUGAUGCCACUAUCUCCACAUGCCCAAAAAGUGACGAGCGCCUGAUUCCACCAUGUCGUGACACAUGUAGUUUAUUUUGGCAAUGAAUGUCAAGCUGAAUCAAUACAGGUAUGGAUUUGUCUUCGAGACGUUGUAUUUUCUGUGCUAGAGGGUACCACGCUUUUUGAAUUUCACGAAUAGACACGGAGAAACGGGAAUUAGAUAGAGAGAAGAAGAUGAGUGUUUGGCAUUAUGGAUGAAGUUGAAUUGUGUGUGUGUGUGUGUGCGGGUGUGUGUGUGUGUGUGUGCGUGUGUGCCUGUGUGCGUGUGAGUGUCUGCAUGUAUGUACCUGUAAGUGCGUGUGAGUGUAUAUAACUCUGUGUGUGUCUGUGUGUGCACGUGUCUGAGUGUGUGUGUAUGUGUGUGUGUGUGUGUGUGUGUGUGUGUGUGUGUGUGUGUGUGUGUGUGUGUGUGUGUAAUGUUGAGAUGAAAAGUUGCUCAAGAAUCAUCCGAUUUCUAUAACACGUUAGUGUGAUGUGUUGUGUAAAGUUUGAAGCAGGAAUCAAACCAAUGAACGCCAAAAAAAGCCAACGUGUCUGUACGCUUAAUAAAC